AUGUCAUACGGUGAAGCAUACCCCACCGGUGACCGCAUGGGGGCGCUCGGUGCAAACCUCCAUGAUGUCAACUGGAACGAGGUGCAGGUGGUGGCGUCGCAGUGGAAUUACUACAAACCCCAGCAGCAGCGCAGCGACGCGGAGGUUGCACAGUGGCUUCGCGAAAACCGCAUCACCAUUUACGGCGAUCGUGUGCCGCAGCCAAUGCUGCUCUUCUCCGAUCUCGUGGCGCCAGAUUCCAUUCACCAAUCCUUCAUCGAUCUCGGCUACAAGGAGCCCACUCCCAUUCAGUCCAUCGCGUGGCCAAUCCUGUUGAACUCCCGCGAUCUUGUUGGUGUCGCCAAGACCGGCUCCGGCAAGACGAUGGCGUUCAUGGUGCCAGCCGCACUGCAUAUUAUGGCACAGCCUCCUGUGCGUCCAGGAGACGGUCCCAUCGCGCUGGUGCUCGCCCCGACACGAGAACUUGCCGUGCAGAUUGAAGAGGAGACACGCAAAGUGCUACGACGCAUUCCGACCAUUGCGACAACAUGCCUGUACGGUGGAGCACCAAAAGGUCCGCAGAUACGCACACUACGAGCUGGAGUACAUGUAGCCAUCGCUACGCCGGGUCGUCUUAUUGAUCUGUUGGAGAUGCGAGCCACGAAUCUGCUGCGCGUGACGUACCUGGUACUAGAUGAGGCCGACCGCAUGCUAGACAUGGGGUUCGAGAUUCAGAUUCGAAAGAUUUGCUCGCAGAUACGCUCUGACCGACAGACUCUCAUGUUCUCUGCAACGUGGCCACAGGAGAUUCGCAACUUGGCAGCGAGUUUCCAGCGGGAUUUCAUCCGCGUGCACGUCGGCUCCGAGGACCUGGUGGCCAACAAUGACGUCUGUCAACACGUGAUAGUGGUAGAAGAGUACGACAAGCAGCGAAGACUAGAGGAAAUUCUUCAAAAACUCGGCCGUCAGCGUGUGCUCAUUUUUGUGAAGACAAAGCGCACAGCUGACUCUCUGCAUGGUUCACUACGACGCAUACUUGGAGGAGCGGUGAUGGCUAUUCAUGGUGACAAGGAACAGUCGCAACGUGACUAUGUGCUUGACCGCUUUCGUCGCGACGACCGUUCCGUUCUUGUGGCGACAGAUGUUGCCGCACGUGGGUUGGAUAUCAAGAAUUUGGAUGUGGUCAUUAACUUUGACAUGCCAACUAACAUUGAGGAUUACGUGCAUCGUAUUGGACGUACUGGACGUGCCGGACAACGAGGCGAUGCGUACUCCUUCGUAAGCGGCGCUGAUCCAUCGAAGACAAUUCGCGACUUGGUUGAUCUCUUGCGCCGAGCGAAUCAGGAGGUUCCACCAGAGCUGUACGAAAUGAUGGGCCGAGGCGGUGGUGGUGGCGGUUACCGCGGAGGCGGUGGUGGUGGUGGUGGCGGUUAUCGCAGAGGUGGGGGUGGCGGCUAUCGCAUGGGAGGAGGCGGAGGGGGUUACCGUGGCGGUUACGACGCACGGCUGUAUGCGCCGUACGGCUCUGCCGUGGCGGUACCCGUGCCGUCUGCCCCGUUGCUGCACGCUGGCGGGUAUCCCGCGGCACCGCGCCUGCCUGCCGGGGUGGGUGGUGGUGGUGGUGGUGGUGGUGGCAUGUACGGUGUUCCACCACCGCCGCCGCCGCCCCCGCCGCCGCGUGUGCCGAUGUCGAUGCCGUCUGCUGCGCCGCAGUGGAGUCAGGGCCCCACGUCUCUUGCAGGCGAAAAACGGGCGCGAUUGUCCCCUGAAAGGCGGAGAUCCAACAGCCGCGAGAAAUAUCGCCGCCACUCCCCCUCCGAUAGCCGCCAGCGGUACCGCGACUCGGACGACAACUACCACCGCCGUCACGACAGCCACGAGCGCCGCUGA